AUGGCUCGCAGCAGCGCCCUGGCAGCGGCCCUUAUCCUCCUUUUGCUGCCAAUGACGUCCCACGCCGAGCACGUCAACUGCAAGCCUGGCGAGGUCGCAUACGAGACGGUGCGAGUCGGCAACCAGGACGUCGACCUGCUGACCACUGGUCCAGGCUGCCCCGGGAGCGCACCCAGAAUUGCUGUGCCGCAUCAACCCGUCGCCGCCGUGGCCGCGGUGACCGCCGUGGCCGCGCCGGCGCGGAACUGGUCCAUCGACGGGUCCGGCACCAUGCGCCACAAGCCCACGGGCAUGACGGUGUCGCCUGAGACGGGCAUCUCCAUCCCGGGCGCAGAGGUCAAGCUCGGCCCGCAGGACAUAGAGGUCGAGAUCGACUCCCGGCUGGGCGCUGGCGCGGGCGGCGUGGUGCAGAAGGGCAGGAUCAAGCAGACCGGGGUGCCUGUCGCGAUCAAGGUCAUCAGAGUGGACGACAAGGCCAAGCGGGCCCAGCUCAUCAACGAGAUCAAGGGGCUGGUUCAGGCGGAAGGCUGCCCGUACCUUGUGCAGUGGUACGCGGGCUUCGCGAACGCUAACAACAAUCUUCAGGUCAGCGUGGCCCUGGAGUUCAUGAACCUUGGGAGCCUCGCCGACCUGAAAAAGAGGAUAUUGAUGGCAAACGCGGGCCUCUCUGGCGCCCCCUCGGCCAACGUGGCGGCGAUCAGCGCGCAGGUGACCCUCGGGCUCCACCACCUGCACUCGAAGAAGAUCCUGCACAGAGGGAUAUCAAGCUGGAGAACAUCCUCCACAACCACGAGGGCCGGGUCAAGCUCACGGACUUCGGUAUUGCGAGGGACAUGGACGCCACCCUCGCGGUCGCCGGCACGUUUGUGGGCACCGUGA